CAAUGGACAUCCUUCCAGCCAAGGCCAGGUGAAGUGGGGGUGGGGGGAGGGGCAACUCAGAGGCUUGCCUUAGAUCUUGCCUCUCCAUCCAGCUGGAAUCUUCUGGUUGCCCCUUGGCUCUGCCCUCUCUGUAAGACCCCACCCCUUGGUUGGCCGCCCUCGUUUAUUUAUUCAUUACCCUGGCUUCAAGUGAUUCCCGUGUGACUCCAGCAAAAGAGAAAGGAGGGCUAAGGUUUCCUGCUCUUUGAUCCGGCUGAAAUCUCUUCUCCAGCCCCUGGAUUCUGCCGAUGAGUUUUAGUUGCAGGGUCUGAGGAACAGCCCUUGACCGAUUUGGUGAGUCUUCCAUCUGCCGUGGGAGGUCCUAGAGCCUCGGGUCAGAAUGGACCAGCUCCCGGGAGUCACUGAUGAGGGCCCUUCGGGAGACAACAAGAGCAGUGGGGAGGCACCCCCACGGAAGGGACUUUGGAAGAUCAUCCCAGAAGGCUUUGUGGCAGAAGUCCGGAAUCUCUUCAGACUUUCAGGACCCCUGUUCCUGUUCCAACUGCUGACUUUCAUGAUCUUUGUGGUGAGCAGUGUGUUCUGUGGGCACCUGGGGAGGUUGGAGCUGGCUUCGGUAACACUGGCCAUCGCGUUUGUCAACAUUUGUGGAGUUUCGGUCGGUCAUGGCAUGGCCUCAGCUUGUGACACCCUGAUGUCUCAGACUUAUGGAAGUGCCAACAAGAAACAUGUGGGGGUCAUCCUGCAAAGGGGAAUCUUGAUUCUGCUACUGUGCUGCUUUCCCUGCUGGGCUCUCUUCAUUAACACGGAGCAGAUUCUUCUCCUCCUCAGACAAAACCCUGAUGUGUGCAGUAUAACCCAAGAAUAUGUGAUGAUCUUCAUUCCUGCUCUUCCUGCAGUUUUCCUUUAUACCUUAGAAGUGAAAUAUCUGCAAAAUCAGAGCAUUAUCUGGCCUCAGGUUCUCAGCACUAUCCUGGCAAAUGGUGUCAAUGGGUUGGCCAACUACGUCUUUGUCUACGUUUUGAAUCUGGGAGUGCCGGGCUCUGCUUUGGCCAACACCAUUUCCCAGUACAUCCAGGCCAUCAUCCUUUUCCUGUAUAUCGUGGUGAAAAAACUCUACCUAGAAACAUGGGGAGGUUGGUCCCUCCAGUGCCUACAGGGGUGGGAAGCCUUCUUGUCUCUGGCCAUUCCGGGCAUGCUCAUGAUAUGUAUCGAGUGGUGGGCCUAUGAGAUCGGGAGCCUCCUCAUAGGUCUGCUUGGUGUGGUGGAACUGUCUGCCCAGUCCAUAAUUUAUGAGGUGUCAGCUGUUGCAUACAUGAUUCCUCUUGGAUUGGGCUCAGCCAUCUGUGUCAGAGUGGGGAAUGCAUUAGGUGCUGGGGACAUCCAUGCAGCUAAGAGAUCUGCUGUUACCGGAGUGCUGUGCACGGUUGGCAUCUUUUUAGUCAUUGGCUCCCUGUUAGCCAUCUUAAAGGAUAUCCUGGGAAGAAUUUUUACCGAUGAUGAAGAAGUCAAUGCCCUGGUGAGCUGGGUCAUGCCUGUCUAUAUUGUCUAUAACCUGUUUGAGUCACUCUGUUGUGUUUGCGGUGCAGUGUUGAGAGGAACCGGCAGGCUGGUCUUUGGGGCUACUGUGAAUGCCAUAGCCUAUUAUGGUAUUGGUCUCCCAAUUGGGGCCGUGUUGGUAUUUGUGAUUAAAAUUGGAGUCAUGGGCCUCUGGCUGGGGAUGCUGGUCUGUGUUAUCUUGGCAACCAUUACCUUCAUCAUCUACACUGCCAGGAUUAACUGGAAGCUGGCUUCAGAGGAGGCUCAGAAACGUGCCGGCCUUCACCAAGAGUCCCAGAGCACAAGCCCCGGGCAGGGGCCAAAGAAGGUGGCCCUUUCCUCAGUGGCUACAGGUAGCAACCCUGGAAUUAUUUUGACGAGGUACUCAAAAACCGAGAGUCAGGCAGACCUCUUACCACCUCUGGAAGCAACAUCCACCUUUUCUGCUGCCUGCAACGUGCCAUCACUAAAGCAGUUGGCCGUCCGCCGGGGGAUUUCUCUUCUGGUCUCUGUCACAGUGCUGAUUCUAGGGGUCGUGGUCAGGCUCACGACUACCAAGCACUAGCAAGAUCUGCCCUUCUGGAAACUGAGGCAUCCUAGAAGAGUGGCCUUGGGACAGUACAACAGGGGUCCAUUCUAUAGGAAUACGGGUGAUAUCCUGAGGUACCGAAAACCUCUUUUUUAUAAACACUGGUGUCCAUUAGUGCUUCAUGGGAACCCAAAACACUUUACUUCUGGCUUGCAGGAGUUUGGGCCUCCAAGUAGGUCUGCCAUGGUCAGAGGGAAUGUCAAAGUGAAACUGCCUCCCUCCCUCAAACCUGGACUGCCAUUUGAAAUACUUAACAAACUUGAACUGAAAUCUUGAGGACUCUUAAAGCUAUUUCCAAGUAUGAAUGGGUUCAAAUUAUAAACAUUUGUUCCAGAACACACUAGUCACCAAGUUAAAGAAACCGUUUCUAUAGGAGAUGCUCUGCUGCCUGGGUUAUCUGUAAAGUCUCUUUGCGGCUGUUUACAUGCUCCUGGGCCACACGUUCUAGGCCAACAAGGCCCUGCCACACCACCAUGGGUGCUCAGGAUGCUUUAUUCCAUACCACCAUCCUCUUGGGGGGGACAGGGUGGGUCUUGGGAAUGUUCUCUUCGGAAAUCACAUUCAGAAGUAUUCUAAUCAUACAGUUCAUCAGAAAUUCUCCGAAGCCUUUGCCACCAACUUUUUCUCCUCAUAGCAAUGAUGAUGCACCCAAGAGCAGCAAGGACUUUUCAGUCAUCUGCAGACUACUUUCAACUACAAGAAUCCUAUUUCAGGGUUGGCCUAAAUCCACUUUGCUCGUUUAAGGUCCUAGCUUUAUUCCAGUGUCCUGGAACACAAAGGACACAAUGAAAGACUGAUAUUAUCUUUUAGGGGCAUCUUAAGAAGAAUCUAGGGUAGCUUAGAGAACGUAAGGUCCCCCUUCCCCCUCAAAGUGAGCUCCUGAAGCCAGAGAAGCAAUGUGAUGUGUUCAAGGUUAAGCAGAAAGCUGCCCAGUUUCAGGUCAGCACUGCUGCAGGAUUUCCUCCCAGGCUUUAGCUAGAAGCACAUCCCAACAAGCAGGACAAAUGCAAAUACAGAGUGCAAGAGUGCCUCAAAGGUCUUGGGAUAGCUUUAAGCUUUAACAGCUGACUUUUGGGACACACUGCACUUCUAUGAAAAUUUUUUUAUACCACAAAUUAAACAAUGUCCCCCAUGUCCACAGACUUACAGAAAGAGUUUUAAAAGAUACUGAGUCUCCUUGCCCUAUGACAGAAAUACUACUGUCAUGUCCUACCGUAAAAUGACCAGUUACUUUGCUGGAAAUAGAAAUACUUGGGUUAGGUGUGUCUCAUAAAUAAGCCUACAGCUAGGAGACAUUUACCACCAAAGUUUCCUCAUAUUCUCAGUGUCUCCAAGGUUCUCAGCUAAGGGGAAAAAAACAAACAUCUUGAGUACUAUUUAAAAUUCAUCUUAAUUUUAUUAAUUAUAAUAAAGAUUUUUAACUAGUAACCAGGCAGCUGUUAAGUUUCACCAAAAAGGCAAACGCAAUAGAUAAUUUUGAUAUGCUAAGUCAAAACAGUUUUAAAGCCCAUGUCUAACAUUGUUAAGGUAAUUGACUAAAAGUCAUCAUUCAGUUAACCAGUUCUAUUCCCUAAAGCAAGCUAAUGAUUACCGGUAGUACAUGAAACUUUACCAGCAGAUUAUACCUAUGCCUGAAUAGAUUCAAUCCAGCAAAGUGGUCAAUGAAGUAAGCCUCUAAGGGAAAUUUCAUUUCUCCCUUAAGAUCACCAUGGAUUUAAGAUUUUAAAUUUGAAGAUGUAUUCAGAUGAAGAAAACCUCCUCAGUAUUAAGCAUGCAAGGGUGGCUAGUGCCGUGGGAUCCUGAGUUACCAGAUCACCCCUGCGUAGCCUGGCAGGCUGGCAGCCUUAGCACCAUUGCAUGCCCACACAAGCCGGUACAAUGGCAGAUGCAGAGUCAGUCCUCGUUGCUACUCUUGCUGACCCCUGGGGAUUCAGAUUUCACCCUCCUGGCUUCUGGAAUUCUCUCUCCUCACUGACCUGGCUGGUUACUGAUGGUGUCUAAUGGGGGGGACACUAUAACAU